GCUAAAGCUCUGGAGUGGAAACACCGUUACCUGAGAAUUUCGUUUAUUUUCGGUUUAACCUUUUUUGUGCGAUAAUAAUAUUCAAUUUAUAGUUCACAUCUUUUGGUUUAUUUGAAUGGAUGUAUUUUUGUGUAUGAAUAGUAAUUUAGUUCAUAAUAUAAUCACUUUCUUACCUUUCAUCGCUAGCUGGAUUCAAUAACGUUAGCUUGCGGACUGCCGUGCCCAGCUGUUCGCUUACGGAUAACAUUUGGACAAAGCUUUCGGAUGCGGUGCUCUCGUGGUGAACUACUUGCGGAACUGUAGGCAUCAUUUGCCUGUUGGUACGACUAAGUUAAGGUGCGAUUAUAGUACACCGAUAUCAGUACGACAAAUAAUUAAAGCGACUUGUGUGUGUGGAUUGAAGCAAACUGGCGAAAGUGCACCAGGAUCCGAAGAAAUUCCUGAUGCCAGUGAUGGCAAACGAGCCGAUUAUUUUGAACGUCUAUGAUAUGUUUGAUCUGGAGGAGUUCUGGGACGCUGCGUGACGAAGACCCCCACCGUUCAUCGUCACCCAUCUCAUUAAAGAAUCAUCUAAAGUACUGGAUCAACGAGUUCACCACCAAUCUGGGAAUUGGCGUAUUUCACUCAGGAAUCGAGAUCUACGGAAGAGAGUUUGCUUAUGGAGGACACCCAUACCCAUUCUCAGGGAUAUUUGAGAUAACGCCGGGUGACGCCACUGAACUCGGGGAAACGUUCAAAUUCAAAGAGGCCAUUGUUCUGGGCAGUACAGACUUCACAGAGGAGGAUGUGGAGCGGAUCGUGGAGGAGCUGGGCAAGGAGUACAAAGGCAACGCCUACCACCUCAUGCACAAAAACUGUAACCACUUCUCCUCAGCUCUGUCGGAGAUCCUGUGCGGCAGAGAGAUCCCACGGUGGGUGAACCGGCUGGCUUACUUCAGCUCCUGUGUGCCCUUCCUGCAGAGCUGCCUGCCCAAGGAGUGGCUGACCCCGGCCGCCCUGCAGUCCAGCGUCAGCCAGGAGCUCCAGGGGGAGCUGGAAGAGGCAGAGGAUGCCGCCGCCUCGGCCUCCCUGGCCUCCAUGAGCUCCAGGCCUCCAGUCCCCUCCUCAUCCCCCUCCAGGCUGCCCAGGGUUCCGCGACAUCAGCCCUGGCGAUAAAACCGGCCCUGGGGUCCAGCAUCGCCUUCAGUGACAGGCCUCUGCCGGUACCCUGCACACGGACUACCUACUGUACUGUACACCACUCUGCCAAUAGACACUAACCCAAAUACAGCCCUCCCCUUACGUACCAGCCCUGCCUACUGUCCUGAUGAGGUCGGUUGUCCACCAGCUGCAUUAAAGCCCCGCCCACACUGACGGUCUGGCCUGACAAGACUUAGGGUAGAAGCUGGAAGCUUGGAGUGCUGCUGGUUUUUUUUUUUAUUUUUUUUUAUUAUUUUUUUACACCAAGGAGAACAAAGUUUCGGUUCAUGUUUUCAUUAGUUUCUUGAUUUUCUUGGCCUUUUUGUUUUAUAUACUCAGGACAUCAAAAAAGACCAAGAAUUUUGCCCUUUUUACACAGCUUCUUUUGCUUCUUUUCCUUUUUCUAACGCCAUAGUCAUCACUAUAAAGCUCGGAGUGCAUUUUUAACACUCUUUUUCAGAGGAGCUUUUGUUUACAACCAGUUUGUGCGUGUUGUAUGUUUACGCCUGUGUGUUUUACGAUUGCUGAGAAGCUGGCACAUGGGCCAAACCUACUUCCUCACUUCUUAUUGCACACACGUGCGCGCGCACACACACACACAGCUGAUGUCUACCCCUGUGGUGACUGUGCCUGAAAGUUUUUACUGUACUGCUCAUUGAGCUCUGCACUGUUUCUCAAUAGUUAACCUGAGUUUUUUGUCAAGCAGUGGACUCCUUCUUAACCUGGAACUAUGAAUUUACUUCAUAUGUUUUACACUGUUUUUACAGUCUACUUGUGGAACUGACAAGAUUUGUAUUCUGUUUUAAAGUUAUUAAAGAAAUUAUAUGAAAUACUGAUAUAUAGGAUUGGCGUUUUAAUUAGUUAUGGGCUCAUGUUAAAGGCUAAUUUGUUUAAACACAUCUCAAGCAGAUUUGUGUGCAGACUCGCGCCUCUUCUCGGAGCUGCUGGCAUUGCACCGGACUGUAAUAUCGCUAACGGAAAUGUCAUUGUCAUUCAGUGUUUGAGAUUGUACUUGGCAUGAAGUACUGAAAAUUGAGCAACACUCAUUGUAUAAACAUUAGUCUUUUCCGGUUAGUACCCAACUGUUGCCAAAACAGGAUAUUUUCCUUAGCUUUUAAAGGUUCUAGAGAGG